UUUCUACUCAUAAAAAUCCGUUAAAUUGAAAAUUGUUGUAAUUGAAAGAAAACAGCAUUCACACAUAUGUACGUACGUCCACCCACACUUGCAAGCAUAAAUAUACACAUACACGCAUAAACAUACAAAUUCGUAAGCAUAAAUCCGCGAAUAUAUGCAGACUACGUUUUACAUAGACAUUGAUAGUAAGUUUGUCAGAUCGUAUUGACUAAAUUAGCCGAAAACGCGGCGCGUUAAUUAAUAAACCACAGAGCAAGAGCGUGCGUGUAUGCAGUUCAUUUAUUUAUUUAGAAAGUCAUCUUCUAUUUUAUAUCAUUUCGUUUCAUUUGUAGCCGGCUUUAGCUUUAUUUAAAGAUUGCAAAAAUAAAAAUCAAACCGAGUCUCAUCAUCGUAUUCGUCAUUUGUGCAGCUACGGCCAAAAACAAAAAUAUUAAUUAAAAAGAUAAACAACAGAAAUGGAGUCAACAAUGCUGCAUGCUUCGCAUUAUCAUCAGUUAACACGACGAACAUUAAAAAAAACAAAAAUUGUUCGCAACACAAGCAGAAACACGAAAAGAAAGCACUUGAACGGCAAAGCAAUGUUAACAGUGGCGCUAUUGCUUUUAAUAAAUCACCUAACACUAAUACAAGCGGUACCGGCUGUUAGUUUGGCAUUCCAUUUGAACGGUGAUGAUAUGAGAGGCACACAAUUAUUGCAUCGAGCAUUACGCGAUGUAGCUGCCAUAACUACUAGUCUACUGCAAGCUAAGGAGAAUGUCAAGGACACAGUCGGUGUCACGAGCUCCUCCUCCACUGAAAUUACCUUAGACCAGCCACAAGGCCAAUGUCUAUUGGACGGUGAAUACGUGCCGGAGACAACUGUUUUCUGUGAGAAGCAAGUCGGUUGUCGUGCCAUACAAAAAACAGGAUACUGUUGUCCUGAUUACAAAUGCGAUUGUGAAAAGGAUGGAAAAACAUAUUCAAAUGGCGAUAAGUUAGUAGAUCCGGAGACUCCUUGCACUGUUUGCUACUGUCAAGCUGGCGAGAUACUAUGCAGUCCGGUAACAUGUUUUCAUCGCGAUGAUUGUAGCCCUAAGUAUAUAUCGGGAGUCUGUUGCCCGGAAUACGAUAAUUGUCCAGUUGUCACAUCGGAAUCUGCAGCGAAUAAAACGUUUGCUAUCAGCUCAACAACUGCUAGAUCUGAGUUGCAGUCGCCUGCUGUUUUAAAUCCAAAAAUUACUAUCAAAGAGAUCACUAAACCGAUUGAAAUACGAAUAACCGAUUAUCCACCCGUACAUCAAAUGCUUAAACCAUCUAUAACGACAACCACAACAACCAGCACAACAACGACAACAACCCCAUCUCCAAUUACAAAUUCACCAAUGUCCGCUAUAAUAAAGCUUACGACAACAGCGCCAACAGCAAAUACAAAUGAUGCCUCCUCAACAAACAGCAACAGCAACAGUAACAACAACAACAACAAUAACAACAAUAAUAAUAAUAAUCAUCAUGGGCAAGAAAGCUUAACAAAGCUAACGGCAUUAAGUGUGGACAAUAGUCAAAGCAACGAAAAGCUUAGCUUACAGUUAAAUGGUGGCAGUAGCAGUUUUAGUAGUGGUGAAAGUCUGAAAUUAGCCGCUUCGGUCGCUUAUAGUUCCACAGAACAGGCGGCAGCGAAAAUAAGUUCCACAUCGAACUCUCAAGAAAGCAGUGCAGAAUUGUUAACAUGGAACUACGGUAAUCCAAGCUUAUCUGAGGAUCCAACAAAAAUAAAUAUUAAGAGAGAAUAUUUAGUGAGUACCGAAAGUGUUUUCGUCGAUACUAAUAAAGGACAAGGCGGUGGCACUAGUGAAGAACUCGUUAAUGCGGAAGUGAUUUACAAUGAUAAUCACAGUGAUCAAGACAAUCCUGAUAGUGGAUUAAGCAGCAAUGGUGGCCAUUCAGAUGAUUUAGAUACAGACACUGCCGGUAGCGAUAACAUUUAUCAUAUUAUUUUAACUACCGAUGGAUCGAGAGCAACGAGUACCACUGAAAUGCAAUUGAACAUGAAGGAGUCAACAGUAGCGGGAAAUUUUCCUAUGAAAGAAAAAUUGGAAGAAUUGGAAAAUAAUAAACUCUCAUCUUCUGUAUUACAUACUUCGCCUGCACUUGAUAGCAAUGAAAAACCGAAACAAUCGUUAGUUAAUGAUAAAAUGAUCCCUUUAGCAGACGACAACGAUUUACGUAAAACUUCUAGUACUACCGAAGUUGGUUUGCAGCAUCAUUUAGAAGACGAUGAAGCCGGCAUACCGGAAGCAAAUCCUGCUUAUCCCUCAUUACCGGAAGAUGAUUUCAGCUUGAGAGAUAUUAAUUUUCAACUUUCCGAUAGCGAUGAUACACCAGAUGAACCGCGAAGCAUAGUGGGAUCAAGUAGUGUUGCCAGUAAGAGCACUAAAAAUUUGGAUGAGACACACUAUGGCAGCGGUAGCGGCAUGUUGGCUGAUGAACUAUUGAAUUUGUCGUCUUCAAUUUCUUCUUCUUCAUCGUUUUCUCAUUCUCUUUCGUCAGCGGGCUCCUUUUCAACGACAACCGAAGGUAGUGGUGAAAAUUUACAUAUCAAAUCGUCAGCAGCCGAUUCUUAUGAGAAAAGAAAAUCUCAAGUUAAAAUACAAUUAAUUUAUUCCGGUGAAGAUUUAUCUGAGGAAACAGCCAUUGCGAAUAACACGAAUUUCCCAACUAUCGAGCAAAAGAAAAUAAACUUGAACGAUAAAAGCCUUAUGGAAUCAAGAAAAGAUCUAAGCAUAUCUGAUAACGGAUCAGGUUCGGGAGAAUUGAAAAUCGAAUCGAAAAAAGAAAGGGAACCAACCACAGCUAAACCAAAAAAAUUAACAACAGAUAUUGAUGAAGUGGAUAGUGCUUCCGGAGAUGGCAGCUCCGAACUACAUAUUGAUCCCAAACUAGAUGCUGAGAGUAUAAAAUUGGAAGAAAGUAAUGAGGAUACAUUAAUUACACCGGAUAUUUCUCCAAAGAAUAAUAUUUUAUCGGCAAAAGUCAAUCCUAUCCAUGCGAAUUCUUCUAAUCGUUAAGUUAAAGUAAGCUUUCACUCUGCUUUUGCACCUCUCUAUCUUUCUCUCUCUCUCUCUCUCUCUCUCUCUCUCUCUCUCUCUCUAUCUUUUUCUCUUUCUUUCUAUAUUGUAAAUACAUUUUGGUUUUUUCUAGAUAGAAAGGCGAAGGGGACAAAGCAAAUAUUUUAUGAAAUCCUUUGUUUUUUUUCCUUCAUAGACCAUAAACUUAAAUUAAAAAGAAAAAAUUA